GGUUCAGGAUAUCAUUCAAAAAAAAAAUUUAUUUAUUGUAUCAAAUUUCAUUUUGAUCAUAAAAUUUUGUUUUUUGAGAUAGGAAAAAUAAAUUUUUUUUGUCAUAAAUUUUAAGAAAAAUUGCUUGCGAUACGUCAUUAUCAUGACUUUUUUGGCCGAAUUAGAACAAGAUCCAUUCGAUGGUGAAGAAUUUAUCGAACGUUUAGCAUGGCGUGCAACAAACGGUAAAUUUGAUGAUGUGGAUCUAAUUAGUGAAGCAUUCGAAAAUGGUAUUAAAGAUUUGAAAGCAAUUUAUGAUACAAAUCAGAAAAAAUGUGAACGUUUAGAGAUGAUUUGUCGUGAAGAAGAAAAAGGUCAUUGGAUUAAGGUGACCGAAUUACAACAAAAAUGUAAAGAUUCAUUAGCAACAUUCGAAAAAUUGGAUAAAAGAUUGGAUAUUGUGGCUGAUAAAGUUGUCUAUUUGGGUGAACAGCUUGAAGGUGUCAAUACACCAAGAAUGCGUGCUGUAGAAGCACAAAAAUUGAUGCAACAUUUUGCCCGUUAUCUUGAAACACCCAGUGAAACAUUGAAUUCAUUUGAAGAACUUUACAUUGAAAAUAUUAAUCAAUUAUUCGAAGAAGCUGAUAUCAUACAAAAAUUAUAUCUUAUAUCACAGGAGCUACCAAACAAUAGUAAAUUUGAUGAAGCAAAAGAAUUUAUAUCCAAAAAAUAUAAUUUAAUUGAAAAAAGAUUGAUUGAAGAAUUUUCACAAGCACAGAAAAAUGAUGAUCGAAAUAAGAUGAAGAAAAUUGCCUCAAUAUUAUCACAUUUCAAAGGCUAUUCACAAUGUAUCGAUGUUUUUAUUGAACAAAGUCAAAUGGGAAUGUUUUUGGGUGAAAAUAUAUUCAAUGAUAUUGUACCACUUUGUGUGAAAAAUCAGAAAACUAUUAAAGAAGUAUUUACUAAUACCGAACAGGUAAUGUCGAAAUUUGUAUUGAACAUUUUUCAUGGAAAAAUACAGGAAUAUAUUCAAGCUCGAAUCAAUGAAAAUGAUACCCGUGAUUUUCUUACAGAAUUAUAUACAUUAUUCCAUAAAACAAACAAACUAAUUGAACAGAUUGCAAAGCUAAAAUUUUCAGGUUGUGAUUUUAAUUUUUUAAAUAAAAUUACCCGUAAUAUAUUCAAUAAUUAUCUGGACAUGUAUAUACAACGAGAAACUAAUUAUCUAAAAGAUAAAUGUGCCUAUAUAUUACAAAGUUAUUAUGAAUCGAAAAAUCAUCAAAAACGUCCAAUUACUACCGGUGGAUUUCAGGAAUUGAUACAAUCAAAAAUCGGAAGAGCCAAUAUUAAUAUUGGAAAUUUAAAUAUUAAUAUAUCGAAUCCAGAUUACACACAAGGUGAAACAUUUCUUUCCGAAGAGAUUGCUAUUUCGAUAUUACAGGAAACAAAAAUGUCAUUACAAAGAUGUCAUCUAUUGUCUAAACCACAAGAUAUUGCUCAAAAUGCAUUGGCCAUUUAUGAAAUUGAAUUACAAAGUUUAUGUAUUGAACAUAUUGAUUAUGCAAUCGAAUUAGGUCUACAGGUAAUACCAUCGGCUGAAACAAAAUCACAACCGGACAUACAUUUUUUCGAUAUUAUACGACAAUCGAAUGAAAUUUGUCAUCUAAAUGAAAAACAAUUUGUCAAUUGGGUAUUGCCAUUAAUAUCUUCGACAACAAAAUAUUCCGAAUGUAUUAAACGAAAACGUGAAGUAUAUCAACAAAUGGAAGCAAAAUUAAAUCAAGGUCUUGAGAAAUCAAUUGCAUCGAUAAUUGGCUGGAUCAAAUACCUACUGCAAACCGAACAGAAAAAGACUGAUUUCAAACCGGAACAAGGAAAUGAUGAUAUUAUACCUACAAGUACAAUAGCUUGUAAUAAGGUUGUAAAAUUCAUUAAUUUUUAUCAUAAUCGAAUAACAAAAUGUUUGGAUGCAAUGGUUGUUAUUUGUGAUGUAAAAGAAUAUCGUAAUUGUAUUGAUAAAUUCAAAAUUCCAUUGUUAAGCGAUCUGUUCAAUAUUUUACAUGCCCUCUGUAAUUUAUUGAUUGUUGGACCGGAAAAUCUUAAACAGGUUUCCAAUGGAGAUCAAUUGAAAUAUCCAACAUUAUUGGCUGCAAGUAAAAUCAAAUCAAAAGAGCUAAUCAUUACUGCUUAUCAACAUGGCCAAAGACAUUUCGGUGAAAAUUAUAUUUUCGCUCAAAUCAAUACAAGUAACGAGGCACAAAAGUCUGGAAUCGAUGUUGCCGCUGCCAAAGAAUUGAUUACAUUCAUUUUGGAUAAAUGCAAUCGUCUGGAACUUGUUGGUUUAAUGACGAUUGGAGCCUAUGAUUACGAUGUUUCGUUGGGACCAAAUCCAGAUUUUUUGAAACUUAUUCAAGUUCGUAAAGAAGUUUGUCAUCUAUUCGGUAAGCCGGAAAAUGAAAUCCAAUUGAGUAUGGGAAUGACUUCGGAUUUUGAACAUGCUAUCGCUUUGGGCAGUACAAUGGUACGCGUUGGAACAGCCAUUUUUGGUUUACGUGAUAAAAAUAAAUGAUUUUUUUUUGUAAGAAAAAUUUUUAUUUUUUUAAAUAAAUCAAGCAAAACAAUAAACAUUAUAGAAUCGGAAUUAAAAAUAAAACAAUUUUUAAA